UGCCGCGCAGAACAGGCCAAGCCACUGAGCAGAGCGGUGCACAGGGCGGGCAGCCCCACGCAGCGAUGGGCCUGGCCGUGGAACACGGAGGGCCCUACACGCGGGCAGGGAGCAGCUCCCGGGGCUGCUGGUACUACCUGCGCUACUUUUUCCUUUUCGUCUCACUCAUCCAGUUCCUCAUCAUCGUGGGCCUCGUUCUCUUCAUGGUCUACGGCAACCCGCACGAGAACACCGAGUCCAACCUGCAGGCCACCGAGCAACGCGCGCAGACCCUGUACACCCAGGUGGUGGGGCUCACAGCCACCCGGGCCAACCUUUCCAAGGUGCUCAACCUCACCGCCAAAUCUAAGGAGUCCAUCCAGCAGCAGCUGCUGAGCACCCGCCGAGACCUGGACGCAAUCAACGCCAGCUUCCGCCAGUGUAACAAUGAGCGGGUAAGGUUGCAGAUGAUACACAACAGCAAACUGCCGUUCAUAGCUGCCAUCAUCUCAAGCGAGGAGCAAUGCCUCAAGCAAUGCAAGGAAAAUAACAAGACGCAUGUUGCCGUGGUCCUGUCACUGAACCAGAAGAUCAAGGAUGUAGAGGUGGACAUGGCAAAGGAGAAGGUGACAUGUGCCAAGGAUAAGGAGACCCUCGCACUGGGCAAGCGACUGGCAGAGGAGCAGACUACUCAGUGUGCCAAGAACCGGGAACAGGUGCAGCAAGAACUACGGCUGGCAGAGGGAGAGCGGCAGAAGGUGUUCAGCUUGUGCCUCCGGUUUGACAAGGGCAAGUUUGAGGAGGCGCUGCUUAAAGUCUGGCAGGACUCCAUCAUCUCACGCAACCUCGAUGCCAUGAGCUACAGCCUUUACUCCUCAGAACUGAGUUCCACCCGGAGGAUCUGCGAGCUCCUGCCCACCCUCAUGAGUGCCAAGGUGGAGGAGCUGGCACGGAGCCUGCGGGCUGACAUCGAACAUGUGACACGUGAGAACUCAGACCUCCAGCGCCAGAAGCUGGAGACUGAGCAGCGUCUGCAGGCCAGCGAGGAGGCCAAGCAGAAGAUGGAGAAGGAGGCCCAGGCCCGGGAGACCAAGCUCCAUGCAGAAUGUGCUAGGCAGACCCAGCUCGCGCUGGAGGAAAAGGCGACACUGAGGAAGGAGCGAGACAACCUGGCCAAGGAACUGGAGGAGAAGAAGAAGGAAGCCGAGCAGCUCAAGACACAGCUGGCGUCCAAGGACUUGGCCCUGGACACCUGCUUAAGGGCCAAGUCCCAGCUGAUAUCCCUGCCAAGGCCUGUGGUCCCAGCCCCCAACCCCCCACCCAUUGACCGUGCUGAACUAGAGGAAUUCAAGAAGAUGAUCUUGGAAUCCCAAAGGCUCCCUGCAGGCAAUGCCAUAUCCCCACCCAGUGGCUGAGGAGGCUCUGGGCCCCAAGGACCAAGGGGUGCCCCAGACUGGCUGGUCAGCAGAAACGGCACGGCAAGACACCCGCGGCACAGGAUGCAGUCAGGACCGAAGUCCGCAACUUCUGCACACACAGCAAAUUGGGUGCCCCUGGCCUGUGCCCCACGCUGUCCCCACCCAGCCACACCCCAUAGUACUCUCACAGGCCCACACCACACCACACACCCAUAGAUGCCACGACAAUAUCACAGAUGGAUGCAGGGAUGCCUUGGUGCCGUGGUGAUAACAGCACACACGGCCAAGAGACACAGCGACAGCAAUGCAUGUACCCUCUGUCUGCCCAGCCCUGGCUCCAUUUCACAUCCCUCCAGGCACAGCAUCCAGCUUCCCACCCAUACACACACACAGCUUCCCGCCCAUCCACACAGCCCCAUGACCCCACGACCCCUCCUCCAAUUCCUUAUCCCCCAGGGUUUCUCACCUGUCACCACUAGAGUGCCAGACCUGGAAGCAGAAAGGGGAGACAUUUAUCUUUUCCUUUCUGAGGGUUUCUAGGCUCCUCACGUGGCCCUGGGGUGAGGGUAGCUCACCCACUCCCUCAUGACCCUCUCUCCCCACACCCAGCCUUAUAAAUGUUAGUGACACCAAAUAAACAUUAGAAAA